AGCGGAGACACCUGGGGUCUGAAGCCGCUCGCGCACAGCUGGCUGCGUGACCUUGGGACCAGUGUGGACCUGUUGCGUGCCUCAGUUGCCCUGCCUGUCAAAUGAGCUGGUGACCCUGUUUGCAGCACGAUGUCCGAAGAGGAGGCGGCUCACAUCCCCAGACCCAGCGGCUCAGAUUCCCAGACCCAGCAGGUGAGGGCUGCGCCUCCCAUGGAGCGGGGACACAAGGAAUUGUGUGGGACAGUCCCUUCUAGGAGCGUUUCAGGCCAGAAUGUGGUGCAGCGUGUGGUGGCUCUGCCCCUGGUCAGGGCCACGUGCACCGCGGUCUGCGAUGCUUACAGCGCAGCCAAGGACAGGCACCCGCUGCUGGGCUCUGCCUGCCGCCUGGCUGAGAACUGCGUGUGCGGCCUGACCACCCGUGCCCUGGACCACGCCCAGCCGCUGCUCGAGCACCUGCAGCCCCAGCUGGCCUCCGUGAACAGUUUCGCCUGCAGGGGCCUGGACAAGCUGGAGGAGAAGCUUCCCUUUCUGCAGAAACCUUCGGAAACGGUGGUGACCUCGGCCAAGGACGCGGUGGCCAGCAGUGUCACGGGUGUGGUGGACCUGGCCCGGCGUGGCCGGCGCUGGAGCGUGGAGCUGAAGCGCUCUGUGAGCCAUGCCAUGGACGUUGUGCUGGAAAAAUCAGAGGAGCUGGUGGAUCACUUCCUGCCCAUGACGGAGGAAGAGCUCGCGGCACUGGCGGCUGAGGCCGAGGGCCCGGAAGUGGGUUCGGUGGAGGAUCAGAGGAGACAGCAGGGCUACUUUGUGCGCCUCGGCUCCCUGUCGGCGCGGAUUCGCCACCUGGCCUACGAGCACUCUCUGGGGAAACUGAGGCAGAGCAAACACCGUGCCCAGGACACCCUGGCCCAGCUGCAGGAGACGCUGGAGCUGAUAGACCACAUGCAGUGUGGGGUGACCCCCACCACCCCGGCCUGCCCCGGGAAGGUGCACGAACUAUGGGGGGAAUGGGGCCAGUGCAAUCCGAAGACCCGCCGCCGAAGCCAGGCAGAGCUGGAGACGCUGGUGCUGUCCCGCAGCCUGACGCAGGAGCUGCAGGGCACGGUAGAGGCCCUGGAGUCCAGUGUGCGGGGCCUGCCCCCCAGCGCCCAGGAGAAGGUGGCUGAGGUGCGGCGCAGCGUGGACGCCCUGCAGACUGCCUUCGCUGAUGCCCGCUGCUUCAGGGAUGUGCCAGCAGCCGUGCUGGCCGAGGGCCGGGGUAGCGUGGCCCGAGCACACGCCUGCGUGGAUGAGCUGCUGGAGCUGGUGGUGCAGGCCGUGCCGCUGCCCUGGCUGGUGGGACCCUUUGCACCCAUCCUUGUGGAGCGACCCGAGCCCCUGCCUGACCUGGCGGACCAGGUGGAUGAGGUCAUCGGGGGCCCUGACCCCCGCUGGGCGCACCUGGACUGGCCGGCCCAGCAGAGAGCCUGGGAGGCCCAGCACAGGGAUGGGAAUGGUGAUGGGGACGGGAUGGGUGUCGCCGGGGACAUCUGUGAGCAGGAACCCGAAACCCCCAGCUGCUCGGUCAAGCACACCCUGAUGCCCGAGCUGGACUUCUGACCACAUGGGCCAGUGGAGGCUGGGAGGAAAGGCCACCUACAUGCCCAGAUCCCUGCUGCCCCCUGGUGGCCACACGUAAGCACAAGGUCUUGGCCUUGACCCUUCUGUAGAAUCAGACCCAACUCAGGAUCCCUGACCACGUUUUUGGUAUUAGACUCUCCCAUUUUUUCCUUGCACACAUGGACAAAGAGGCCCAGGGGGAGCAGGACCUCGAACCCAAUUCAGGCCAGCUUGAGCCACGAGCUGGGUUCUUCACCUAUGUCCUGCUCCCUGGCUCCAUGAAGCUAAUCCAAACCUCUCCAAGAGGCUGGGCACAGUGGCUGAUGCCUCUAAUCUCAGCACUUUGGGAGGCCGAGGCGGGUGGAUCAUCUGAGGUCAGGAGUUCGAGACCAUCCUGGCCAACAUGAUGAAACCCCAUCUCUAUUUAAAAAAAAAAAAAAAGCCAGGCGUGGUGGUGUGCACCUGUAAGUCCCAGCUACUUGUGAGGCUGAGGCAGGAGAAUUGCUUGAACCCGAGAGGCGGGAGGUUGCAGUGCGCAGAGAUUGCGCCACUGUACACCAGCCUGGGUGACAGAGCAAGACUCUAUCUAAAAAAUAAUAAUAACAGCCUCCCCAAGAAACAAACACACAUUUUGCCCAAUGCCUGCUGUUUGGGGCUUUGAAAAGUGAGCCCUGACUGGGUGUGGUGGCUGACGCCUGUAAUCACAGCACUUUGGGAGGCCAAGGUGGGAGGACUGCUUGAGCCCAGGAGUUGGAGGCUACAGUCAGCCAUGAUCUGGCCCCUGCACUCUUGCCUGGGUGACAAAGCAAGACCUUAUCUCAUUUUUUAAAAAAAUACUUUCCAGGGAAACACACCUUUUGCCCUAUUUGGAACUUGGACAAGGGAGUCCUCCUCCUCCCUCAGUUUUUACAUCCUGGACUGGUGGGUUCCCCGAAGAUGCCCGUGGGCUGUGCUGCUCAGCCUGCCACACCCGCUUGCUUUGCUGUUUGAGAUUUGCCCCCAGAAUAAAGGUCCUUUUUGAUGUUGAAA